UAGCAGGUUUAGCGCUGCGUUUGGACUUUUUGUAAAGUGUUAUAACGAUACGCGGGUGCAACUCAUUGACGCGAUGCAGCCUGCUAGCCAACUGCUUCUAUGCAGAACAAACAUCGCCCCGACUACUACCAGGCGCCUCAAAAUGCACGCGUGUAGGGGUAGCACCACAAGUGCUGUUGCAGGCGUGGCACUACGAUGGCGCUCGGCGGGAGACCGACAAGAAACCGUCGGUGCGUUUGUCGGCGCUCAGUGAAACAUAAUAGCGUUAGCUUGACGUUUAUUGUCCGUUCCUCUCAGGUCAAUGCACGAACGUUAGUGCGCAUGAGCAGGGCACUCCCGCCAACAGCAGGCGGCAGAACGCUGUGCUAGCUUCACUACGGCGAGGAGUGGGCGGAGCUUCGCCGGUGCACUCACUUCGCUCCGACAUAUUUUUUUUUUUUUUUUUGCAGUCAAACGCACUUCGCGUCUCUGGAGACCUCCUAACACUUUGCGCGUGCGCGACCCAUGCACAGUCGAGAGCGGGGCGACUUGACGGCGGCGUGAAUGCACCUCUAGUGUCCGUACAGUUGCUCUCUGUUCAUAUGAUUUUAAUAUUCUGCUAUGAACUUUAUAUCGUCAAGUGUAAAGAAAAUGACCAGUACUACAGGGUCAUGUACACUCAGGAGGCUGUUCGAAGAAAAAAGGAAGAGUGGGAAACGCCUCGCGCUUUGCGCACGCUUUGCCCGUUCUCGAAGAAGAGGAAGAUCAAGAAGAAGCACUUACCGUCGUCAUUCCGGACUUCUUGGCCGAGCGAUGAAUAACCCACAGCAGAAGAGUCACAGGCCCAUCGACCGCCCCUUCUGGCAGCAGAAGCUCCCCGGAUGGACGCCAAUGUUAAACGCCGGCAACGCGGCAAUGCCUUUCCUGCUGGCCGGGUUCAUCUUCGUGCCGAUCGGUGUGGCCGUGUUCCUGACCACGAGUCGGCUGCAGGAGUACCAGUUCGACUACACCGACUGCCGGCAGGUGAACACCAAUAAGACUUGCGCCUCGGUGAUCGCCAAGGAGCCGACCAAGAGCUGCGUGUGCUACGAAAUCAUCACGCUCCCAGAAGACUUCCGUCAAACGGUGAACGUGUACUACGGCCUGACCAGCUACUACCAGAACUUCCGUUUCUACGUCCAAUCGCGGGACGAGAAGCAGCUGCUGGGCUUCCCACACAGCGCGCGCUACGCGUGCAAGCCGUACGACGUGGACCCCAAGACCGGCUACACCAUCUUCCCCUGCGGCGCCAUCGCGAACAGCCUCUUCAACGACACGUUCAAGCUCAGGUACAGAGCGGGAUCCAACUACCGGGAUGUCGAGAUCUCCACCGACAACAUCUCCUGGCCCUCGGACCGCGAGCGGAAGUUCAGAAACCCGAUAAGCAGGAAUCUGUCUGGCACGGUCAAGCCUCCAAACUGGCCGCUGCCCGUGGACCAGCUGCCCGGAGGCCUGCAGAACGAGGCGUUCAUAGUGUGGAUGCGUACGGCGGCGCUGCCAUCGCUACGAAAGCUGUACGGUCGCAUCGCCAGCACGGGCGAGUUCACUCGGGUGAUGCCUCGAGGGGAGUACUACCUCGAGGUGCACUACCGGUACCCGGUGACCGUGUUCGGCGGCACCAAGCGGCUGAUCCUGUCCAACGCGUCGUGGAUGGGGUCGCGCAACCCCUUCAUCGCGAUCGCCUACGUUUGCGUCGGGUGCCUGUGCGUGGCGCUAGGCCUCGCGUUCAUCGCCAUCAACCGCAGAUUCAGCAGCAUCAAGUUCCCGAUGCCCGAGAUCUCGGACUUCUGCGAGAAACGGCACGUGUGGAGGGCGCGAAAGCCGUCGCUGCUGCCGCUGCCCCAGACCCGCUCAGGCAGCACGGCCGGACGGCCGCCGAGCAAGACGAGCGUCCGCUGACGACGACGCUCUUGCCGGGUCGCCCCCUGGUGCGUCGGCGAUGCGGGACCAGUUCUACGCUUGUAUGCUGGGACCCACCAGAUGCUCGGGGUUUCCAUGAAGACUUCGUCAACCUAUUCUUGCGUUCCUUCAUCAGCGUUUUCCUUUGCUUAUUUUUUGUCAGUGACGGCACCAUGUUAUUACGUGCACGCGCGAGCUUGAAACGCACUGCACUAAAGCGCUCGCAUCUCAUGGUACCAUCAUGUCGGCACACGGUGUAAAAUAUAUAUUUACGUAUUUACGCCUAUUUGUUUGCUUUAUUUUUGAGCCUAUAAGCUCUAUUGCAUGUAAAACGCAGAAAAGGUUUUUUUGCGAGCGUUGCACCGACUUGAGUGGCAUUUGUAGCGUUGUGGAGAGUUGAAUUGUAGUAACCAUGCGAAGCUGGAUUUUCAUUUAGAACUUUGAAUUUCGUACAAAAAUAUCUCAAACAUCAGUAAGCUUUAAAAAAAGGUUUUCUUUUCGUUUGAGGGAAGAGGUUUACAAAUCCAUGACUCAAAUAAAAGAUAUAUCUCAUUUCUGUAGACUGCGUCUGUUAGAUCAUAUGAACCCGACAAAUUUGGCCCAUGUAAAACUUGUAUGAAUUUGUUCCAAUGGUCAAUAGGCUUCUGUGAAAAAAAUAGCGGCAGAAAUAAAAAAUUGUUCCCACGGUCAGUAUAUCUAACUUUUUUACAAAC